CUGGCCUCCACUCAGUGUCCUCCACCCCUCUCUGCCAAUCCCUCCACUGGCCUCCAUUCAGCGUCCUCCACCCCUCUCUGCCAAUCCCUCCACUGGCCUCCACUCAGUCGUCCUCCACCCCUCUCUGCCAAUCCCUCCACUGGCCUCCAUUCAGUGUCCUCCAUCCCUCUCUGCCAAUCCCUCCACUGGCCUCCAUUCAGCGUCCUCCACCCCUCUCUGCCAAUCCCUCCACUGGACUCCAUUCAGCGUCCUCCACCCCUCUCUGCCAAUCCCUCCACUGGCCUCCAUUCAGCGUCCUCCAUCCCUCUCUGCCAAUCCCUCCACUGGACUCCACUCAGUGUCCGCCAUCCCUCUCUGACAAUCCCUCCACUGGACUCCACUCAGUGUCCGCCAUCCCUCUCU